CGGGGCUCGGGGCCUUAACCGGCCCGUUCGGCUCGCCCUGCAGGCCCGCGAGCAUGUUGAUGCACCUGCUGGAGGACUGGUGCCGCGGGAUGGAGGUAGACAUGCGGCGCGCGCUGCUUGUCACCGGCAUCCCGGAGGACUGCGGGCAGGCCGAGAUAGAGGACACGCUGCACGGCGUGCUCGCGCCGCUCGGGUCCUUCGCGGUGCUCAACCGGAUCUUCGUGCGGCAGCAGAACGCCAAGGCGGCGCUGGUGGAGGUGGGCGAGGGCGUGAGCCUGAGCGCGGUGCCCCGCGAGGUGCCGGGCCGGGGGGGCACGUGGCGGGUGCUGUGCCGCGACCCCGCGCAGGAUGCCGAGUUCCUCCGGAACCUCAACCAGUUCCUGGACGCCGAGGGCCGCACGUGGGAGGACGUGGGGCGCCUCCUGCAGCUGCACCAGCCGGCGCCCUCCCAGCACCAGCCGCCCGAGAACUGGGCUGAGGCGUUGGGGGUGCUGCUGGGCGCCGUGGUGCAGAUCGUCUUCUACGUGGACGCCGAGAUGCGCGCGUGCGGGGAGGAGCGGGCGCGGGCCGCGGCCACAGUGGCGGCAGCCGCAGCAGCCCAGGCGGGGAGGAAGGGCAAGAAAGAGCGGGGCCGUGCAGAGGCCGCGGCUCAGGAGAGCCCCGCCAUCAAGAAGGAGCAGCCCGACCCCAGGGAUGGCGCCCCGGAGGAGGGGGAGCUUCCCAAAGUUGAGGGGCACAAGGCCAGCGCCAAGACACGCACCCGGAAGAAGAAGCAGAAGAAGACCCUCAAGGAGGAAGGCACAGCCCCUACACCCAGCGGCGAGGCGGAGGCUGGGGGAAAGGGCGAGCCCCUCGAAGAGAAGGUCCCCUUGGCGCCCAGUGUGAAGCAGGAGGUGGUAGAGGAGCCCCGAGCCAAGGAGGAGUCCCCAGCCCGGGCUCCCAGCCGCCAAAGUGGCGCAGCCCAGGCGGCAGCUGGGAACCCCGGGGUGGUCCCCGAGUCUGACCAGAACGGUGGGCAGGACGGGCCUCCCAAAAAGAAGGCCAUGGGCUGGGCGGAGGAUCAGAGCCCACAGUCUGCAGGAAAGGAGGGGAAUGUGAGUGCCAUCCCCCGUUCCUUCACCAACUCGGGAGACCCCAAGAAGAAGCCAGCAGUGCCCAAGACAGAGCCAAAGUCCAAGCGGGAGGCUGCAAGCCAGAAGGACCCCCGGUCCCCCACAGCACACGGCUCCAAGGCAAAGCCGGAGAGCACCCGUGCCUGCAGUGGUGGAAAAGCAGCAAGGUAG